AUGACGCGGUAUGAUACCCACAGGCUACACGUCGUAAAUACUCUCAUAGCACCACAACGUACCGGCCGGCUGUGUACCGUGGGGGCCACCCACAACAUAAAAUGCGGAAUUCCAUUUUCUGACUAUCUAGUUCGCCUCUACGGCAUUGAAGGCUUUAGUUUCUUUUCCUUUGUUUAUUUUUGUGGCAUUCAUUACUCUGUUAAAGUUUGUGAUGUUCUUAUGGAAGAAGCGUUUCCACCCUACCAUGUUUUUAUUAAUCAUAGAGGACCUGAUGUCAAGAAAACUCUUGCCAGCCUAAUCUAUCACCGUCUGGAAGCCCAUGGUUUGAGGGUGUUUCUCGAUCAACAGGAAUUGCAAGUGGGAGAUUCCUUAACCCCUGCAAUUAAAUCUGCUAUUUCUACUGCCCCGGUUCAGAUCGCUAUUUUUUCCAAAACAUAUGCAAAAUCCGCUUGGUGUUUGAAUGAGCUGGUAUGGAUGUUUGAUUCAAAUUCUAGUAUAAUUAUCCCCGUCUUUUAUGACAUUCAACUUUCAGACCUUCGCUACGUUAAGAAGGGAGCAUAUGCCCGCGCCUUCAAGAAACAUAGAAGGGAGGGCAGGGUUACCACACAACAAGUGGACAGUUGGAUAAGCGCCCUCAAUAAAGUCUCUGGCAUUUCUGGUGUGGUGAUCAGCACAGAGAAAGAUGACCUUGGAGAGCGCUUGGAAAAAAUUGUGGAGGUUGUGUUAAAAGAGGUGAGAAGAGAAGAUCUGGAUGUGGGUAAAUACCCUGUGGGACUCCGUCAAGCGGCACAGGAUUUUGAAAGGGAGGUUUUGAAUCCAGGUGAAAUAAGAGGAGUCAAGGUUGUGGGUAUUGUAGGACUUGGUGGAUCAGGAAAGUCAACUCUGGUUACUCAUCUCUACAACUCCAAGCGUACCCAAUUCCAGAGAUGUUGUUUCUUAUCUGAGGUAAGCAAAAGCGAUUUACCCUCUCUGCAGCAAACUCUGCUUAGGGAUCUGCUCUGUGAUCAGAAAUUGGGUUUUCAGGGUUCGCUUAGAGGGAGGAGCAUGCUUCGAGAUCGUCUGCGAGGGUUGAGACGUGUUUUGAUUGUUUUUGAUGAUUUAGAUAAUGCAGAACAAAUAGAGAAUCUGUUAUUUGUAAAGGAUGUAGUUGGGGAUGGCAGUCUGAUUUUGGUGACAUCUAGAGACCAAACUUUGCUUGUGAGUUGUAAUAUAGAAAUAUACAAUGUUAAAUUAUUAGAUUCAGAAGAUGGCCAAGAGUUGUUCUGUUGGCACGCUUUUGGUCACUCUGAACCAGUAGACGAUUUGCAAGAUAUGAUUGAAGAGUUGGUUGGAAUGUGUAGUGGGUUUCCUUUGGCUUUGAAAGUUUUAGCGGGACAGCUCCAUGAUGAACGUGAUCCAAGGAAAUGGAAGAAGGAAUUGGAAAGCCUUCGUGAACGACUGCCGAAUAAGUUAUUAGAGCAGAUAGUAAAGAAUAGCUAUGAAUCUCUUGACAUUAUAGAGAGAGAGGCGUUUUUAGACAUUGCCCAUUUCUUAAUUGGAGAAGAAGCGGAUCUGGUGGAGAGGGUUUUGGAUGGAUUGAAUGGUAGCGGCUCUCAAUGCCUUCAGAGGCUCCGUCUUAAAUGCCUCGUGGAGUUUGAAAGUGCAGACAUAAUUCUUCUCAAGGGUAAAUUCUUCAGUCGGAGCAUAGGAUUUUGGAGAAGACCGAAGGGAAGUUUGGAAAUAAGAAUGAACGAUUUAGUGAGGGACUUGGCAAUACAAAUCGGCAGAAAGGAGUCACCCCUUCGCCUUUGCUGCAGAAAUUAUACAAUGAUCCCCACACGACUAACUGAUCCUCCUUCGCAGCUGCGUGAGUUGACAGUCGCCUGCGCAGGAGACUAUCAAAUGUACAGUCCAUGGACAGCUGGUCCUUCAACACCUGGUUUCAAGAGACUCUCAAAGGCUUCGGAUUCAUUGGUAUCUCCAAUUCCUUCAAAGGCUUCGGAUUCAUUGAAACCUCUAACUCCUUCAGAUACUUCUGAGUCAUUUCAGCUUCAAUUAAUUUUUGGACAUUGGUUUGAGGGGUGGUUAGGAAAGCUGAAAGUUUUGAAUUUGGGCAAAAUAGUUUUACAAAAUGUUCAAGGCCUCCAAACACUUCCAAUUAAGUUUGAGGAAGUAAGAAACCUCAGACAUUUAGAUCUUUCUGGCUGCAGCGAUUUGGAGGUUUUGCCAGAUUCUUUUGCUGAAGAAUUAUUGCAACUUCAAUAUUUAGCAUUGACAGAUUGCAGGAAGCUCACUCUCCAAAGUUUGGGAAAAAUCUCCACGCUUGAGUACCUCGACUAUGAGGGUUGCUCUAUGCUGGAUGAAUUGCCUAGGGGAACGGAGGUUCAAAAGUCCUUAAAGUAUUUAAAUGUGCUCCGUACUAAGCUGACGAAAUUGCCUCAGGAUCUACAACAGCUGGGAAAUCUGGAAGAACUACAUAUAGGGAGCUCAAAUUUGACCGAGUUACCAUCUUCUCUAUAUACUUUGAACAGUUUAACAGACUUGACCCUGUUAGGAUGCACAAAUCUACUUUUCAUUGACAACUCUAUUGUAACGUUGUUGCAUUUGGAAAGGUUUACAAUACAUAAUUGCGGAGUGAAAGCAUUACCAGAAAGAAUUGCAUGGAUGGAUAUGAAAAUUUUGGAUGUUCAAGAUUGUCCACUUAGUUCCAAUCACUUAACGAUAGGAGGGGAUUCAGGAAAUAUGCGGCCAGGUAGUUCUCAGGCGCAGGGAAGCAUCGAUCACAAUCGCUCAAGUUGUUUGACAAAUCUGAUUAUAAGAAACAGCCACAUUUUAGGGAUAGAUAUUCCUGGGGCCAAAAGUCUUUUUCCCAAGCUUGAAAUUGUUGAUCUGUCCAGAAAUGACUAUUUGAGAGAGAUAGGUAGGUUACCAGACAGUUUGAUAAACCUGAACCUGAUAAACUGUUUUUCUUUGAGAACGCUGGCAUGCUUCUCUAAUUUGGCAGGACUUAAAGUUCUUGAUAUAAGUGGAUGUGUUGAACUAGAAACACUUGAUGUGGAAGGUCUCAGCUCAAUAGAAGUAAUUAUAGGCGACAGGUGUUGGAAAAUACAGAGCAUUGAGAGCCUGGAGCAGUUGCAAAAGUUGUCUUAUUUUCAGAUAUCAGUCCAUAGUUUGCCCAGACCCAGUUGCACUGACAUCAUGACUUGUGCUCGCAAUAUAUCAACAGCUAUCCUUUCCGGAACAACCUCGAAAAUGGAGGACGUUGAUGAAAUGGACAGAGUUGCAAGCAGAUUUAAAGGUGUUGAAGUGUGGAGGCUUUUAGAGAGGGAUCAGUUGGAGCUUAAGGAGAAGCCGAAAGGUGCCGUUUUUCUAUACCUUAUAACGGAUCCGUUAACCAAAAUUGAAGUGACAUUCUUUGGCCAUGUUUACACCGCCCAAUCUUCUGGCUCUAAUUAUCCAGUACAUAUACUGAUGUGGACAGAAGAUUCCGAGGCGUAUAAAGAUUUUAAAUCCUCUAGUGAUAAGGCACAAGAUUUUAGUUUGUUGAAGGCACAAAUGAAAAAAGGAUGGAUGGUGCAAGCCGAAAAUUCAGAGGUUUGUAAGCAGUUCAUAGGACAUCUCUUCUUUGAGGGUUACAUAUGA